AUGGACGACUCGAUUUGGACCGAUUUAUGCAAACAGCCCACUCAGCCAGUCUCCACUGAAAAGUACGCAAAGCUUGUCUACGAAUCAACCACUCGACUCCAUCAAUCCAUUCAAUCGAUCUUGUCCACUCUGGAUCGGCGCGCCAUGCCAUUGUCAAAGCUUGCCAACUUUGAUUGUGCUCUUCGUGAUGCCAAAGCUAUGCAGCAGAUCUCGCCCACUUCACCACUUGGAUAUGUACGUGCCGCCACCAUUUACAGCGAGCAAGGAAAACAGCGCGAUCUCAUUGAUGUUUGCAACAAAGCGCUCGACACUAUUGAUACCAAAAAUCCCGGCUAUGCAGCACUGCUACCUAUCAAGGUCGAUGCUAUGCAACAGCAGGAUAAACGCAUCGAUUUCAUAAGCGAGCUUCCUAUCGACAUUGUUGCUGCAACGCUUAUUCCUAUGAUUGCUGGUGAUUCAGCUUUGGAUUCAUUAAAGCCAUGUCCCUAUUUGCAUGUGUCAAAUGCAUGGCGUGAUUACUUUUUGCGAUGUUCACAUGGAUUGCGUUUCAAGACUGGGGACAAGGAAGAAGAGGAAGACCUUGAAAAGUGUUCAAAAUUAGUGAGGUUUGCUCGGCACAUCAAGGCAUUGCAUGUUCGCGAAUAUUCCAAAGGAACCUGGCUCUCUGAUUUAUUACGUGAGAAUGAUUUUUCUUCGCUGCAGGAGUUGUACGUGGAUGGAAUGGGACCUGGCUAUAUGGAUUGCUUUGUUUCGUUGUUGCAAUCAAUCGGCAGCACAUUGACACAUUUGGAUAUUCCUGAAGACUAUGACGCCCUGGUGCCUGUGGCGAGAGUAUUAUCAGCUUGUCCCAACCUCGUUUCGCUUACAAUGCACGAGCCCAAUUUUGACGAUUUCAAGCAUGUCCCGAUGACACCAUGGCCAAACAUGACGACAUUAUCGCUCUUCUGCCAAGGAGCAAGCCUUGAUCGUGAUGAGAUAAUACGCAUCUGCCAGCGGUUUCCAGCUCUCAGGAAAUUUGACCUUCACUCAUGUACGGAUAUGGAAUCGGCGCUCAUCAUACCAAGAUAUUGCCCUUUGUUGAAAAGUGUUGAGCUUGCGUUUGAGGAACUCUCUGUGGGGGUUGCCUACUCAGAUCGCAACACUGGAUCUGAAAAGGUUGAGGUUACCAAGAUUUCUGUUUGCAUGGACGAUUGGGAAGAAUUUAGCGAUGUUGCGUUUACGCAUUUGUAUCCUGCUUUAAGACAGAAUCAUACAACACUCGAAGAAAUCCAAUGGGAUAUUUCGCCCGAAAGAGACUUCCACGACCUUGACAACAUCCAAUACCCUCGGCUGAAGAAGCUAUCACUCCUCACGUCCGCACCAUCGAUAAUAGACAACGCGGCUAUACUUGAAGAAUUGAAGAUGACAUCAAAAGCAAUCAAAGCGAGCCCUACUAUUCUUGAUACAAUCCCAUCCACUUUGAAGAAGGUCAAAUUGAAAUUGGAUGGUGGUCGGGACCACGUUGACACAAACACCAUCGCACGCUAUCUUGGUCGUGUGGUUAAGCAAUGCCAAAUACAUGAACUUACUAUACACUUCGACACGUCGGUUGCCUUUGAGAGCGUGCUUCAUGCCAUCUACCGUUUCAACAUGCUUCAAGGUCUAAUGCUCUGCUUCAGCGGGAAUUGGGAGCCGUUUCAAAUGGAAAGGUUCCUUGACAGGCUUGUGAACAAAUGUCCUUAUCUAUCUUGCCUUGAGAUCAAUUGUAUGAAUGCCCCAUCAAUCUCUUCCAUAAAUGCAUUGAAACGACUUGUACACCUCAAGCAAUUUUCCUUUUCUACCAAGGACAUGGGCCCCUAUGACAGCUUUUGGCUUACGCUUCGAACGUUUUCUCAACUCAGGUGUAUCCGGGUACGGCCGGAAGAUCCAGUCACCAAGGUUCAAAUUCGACAUCUCACGAAACACAGGCCAGACAUGAAUGUUAUUAUAGAUGGAUGGUACCAACCAUUCUGA